GCCCGGAGCCACCGGCGCCCCCUAGCGGCCGGGGCCCGCCGGCGCCGCUCCCCUUGAUUGCCGCCGCUGUAGCAGGCCGCCCCCGGGCCGCCGGCAGCCGCUUCCGGCCGGCCGGGUCACGAGGCGGCGGCGGCAUCGGCACCUCCGGCAGCGGCGGCGCCAUGGCGACGGCUUUCAAAACAGUGGAACCAUUGGAAUAUUACAGAAGAUUUUUGAAAGAGAACUGUCGACCUGAUGGACGGGAGUUGGGUGAAUUCCGGGCAACAACUGUCAACAUAGGUUCAAUUACAACUGCAGAUGGUUCUGCCCUGGUGAAGUUAGGAAAUACUACGGUGAUUUGUGGAGUUAAAGCGGAACUUGCUGCACCUGCAGCAGACUCUGCUAAUAAGGGAUAUAUUGUUCCAAACGUAGAACUACCAUCCCUCUGUUCAACGAGGUUUCGCUCUGGACCACCUGGUGAAGAGGCUCAAGCAGCGAGCCAGUUCAUUGCUGAUGUGAUUGAAAAUUCACAGAUGAUAGCGAAGGAAGAUCUAUGCAUUGCAAAUGGCAAGCUUGCUUGGGUGUUAUACUGUGAUAUCAUCUGUCUGGACUAUGAUGGAAACAUUUUGGAUGCCAGCACCUUUGCUUUAUUGGCAGCAUUAAAAAAUGUACAAUUGCCAUCAGUUACUCUAAAUGAAGAAACUGGUUUAUCAGAAGUUAAUCUAAAACAGAAGAAUCCUUUGACUAUCAGAAAGCAUCCAGUUGCCACAUCAUUUGCUAUAUUUGAUGACACAUUGCUCAUUGUUGACCCAACUGCUGAGGAGGAAGACUUGGCGACUGGAACAGUAACUAUUGUAACUGAUGAUGAAGGCAGACUAUGUUCCGUCCACAAACCAGGUGGAAGUCCUCUUACAGGAGCCAAGCUUCAGGACUGCAUCACCAGAGCAAUUACAAGACACAAAGAAGUAAAGAAGCUGAUAGACAAAGUAAUAAAAAGUAUAAAGCCCAAGUGAACAAAAGGAGAGGUCUUUUCGAAAAUGGAUUUGUAAAAAUUGUAUUUGUUACAGUGUUCACAAACCUUUUACACUAAAUAAACAAAUACCAGUACUACA